CUCCUCCCCUCCCCAGCUCUCGAGUCCCAUUUCCUGGGUUGAGUCGACCACGUUGAGAGAGAUUCAGCGGGUCCCGAGGCACCGAGGUGGCCGAGGUCUGAGAGUGGCCACGGGCGCAUGGAGGGGACCCCGCAGGGGGCGGCGCCCGCCGCGGCGCUGGCCGCCGUGCUCAAGCACAGCUCGGCGCUGCCGCCCGAGAGCGCCCAGGUUCAAGGGUACGACUUCAACCGCGGCGUAGAUUACCACGCACUUCUGGAGGCCUUCGGCACCACCGGCUUCCAGGCUACCAACUUCGGACGCGCGGUGCAGCAAGUCAACGCCAUGAUUGAGAAGAAGCUGGAGCCGCUAGCACCAGAUGAAGACCAUCACGAAGACCUGACGCAGAGCCGCCGCCCACUCACAGGCUGCACCAUUUUCUUAGGCUACACAUCCAACCUCAUCAGUUCGGGCAUCCGUGAGACCAUUCGCUAUCUCGUGCAGCACAACAUGGUGGAUGUACUGGUGACCACUGCUGGAGGCGUGGAAGAAGACCUCAUCAAGUGCCUGGCACCCACAUAUCUUGGCGAGUUCAGCCUCAGUGGGAAGGAGCUCCGAGAGAAUGGGAUCAACAGGAUUGGGAACCUGCUGGUUCCAAACGAUAAUUACUGCAAGUUUGAGGACUGGCUCAUGCCCAUUCUGGACCAGAUGGUGCUGGAGCAGAACACAGAGGGUGUGAAGUGGACACCUUCCAAGAUGAUCUCCCGGCUCGGCAAGGAGAUUAACAACCCAGAGUCUGUGUAUUAUUGGGCCCAUAAGAACCACAUUCCUGUGCUGAGUCCUGCACUCACAGAUGGCUCACUGGGUGACAUGAUCUUCUUCCAUUCCUACAAAAACCCAGGCUUAGUUCUGGACAUUGUUGAAGACCUGAGACUCAUCAACAUGCAGGCCAUUUUCGCCAAGCGCUCUGGCAUGAUCAUCCUGGGUGGAGGUAUGGUCAAGCACCACAUCGCCAACGCUAACCUUAUGGAAGAGCAUUCCCAGUGAGUGAACAGCCAGCACACAGGCCGAGGCACCUGAAGUAGCCAAGGAACAGAGUGGAGUGGAGUGAAGACCCGGAGGGUAGGCUGCAGAGCUAGCUGGGCCUGUGGAACAGAAGAAGGAAGUGAGGACAGGACUUGGGCUUACAGAGGCCGCUGCUGGCCGUGGGUGGGAGUGACGGGCCGUGGGAACAGGCGGUUUGAUCUGCAGAUGGUUGGUUGCAGCUCCUGCUGAGCACAGGGUGUUGACUAUGGCUCAGCUACCCUUUUUCAUGUGAGACUGGCCUCUGUUGCACAGGCUGGUCUGGACUCCCUUGGACCAAGGAUCUUCUCGCCUUGCCAUGCCCGGGAGCUGGAGCCACAAGUCUGUGUCAGCACAGCUGGCUCAGGUGUCCCUUAACCAACAUGCUUGGUAACACCAGUGUAUUGGAUUGGUGUUUUGUUGUUUUAUAUUUACAAUUUUAGAUUUACAUACACAUUUUGGGUCAGAAACCUAGAAGGAAAAACAUGUCCAGGAUUUAAAUGUGAAUGGCAUAUAGCUUGAAGGUAAUUUCAUACACUUUUUUAAAAUUUUAUUUUUAAUCAGGAGCUGGAGUUACACAUGGUCUUGAGCCACUUGACGUGAAUGUGGGAAUUGAAUUCAGGUCCUCUGUCAGAGCAUGAAAUACUCCUAAUUGCUGAGCCAUCUCUCCAGCCCUAUACACACUGUUCUCACUUUGCCUGUGGUUUAUCUGACUUGUCACAUGGUGCUUAGAAGUGGUACAUUUUGGCUUAUGGAGGGAUAGCUUAUACCCAGAGGUGGUUGUGUUGGAAACAUGGACCAUCUCACCUGCACAGUAACUUCAGGCACUAAUGGGCCCUUCCUAGAAGCUCUCAAGGCCUUCCACUGUGUCAUACUCCAGCUUCCUUGGCUCUGGCAUCUGUCUAUGGCUUCUGACCAGGCUCUCCUCUGC